AUGAGCGUAACCAAUUUGGUACAGGAAAUAAACCAGACAUUUUCAAAUGGUAACAAUGACCAGAAAUUCCGGGUGUUUAGCAAAGUCUUAUCUGUUGAUCCUCUGGAAAAUGAAUAUACGAUAAGCAUUUACAACAGCGUAUCGGGAUUGUCACAAGUUUCCUCGAACAUCAAAACUGCUUAUGACGAUGAUUGGUUAGCCUUGAAUGCAGUUGUGUCGAGCUUUGUCAGAAUAUGUGUGGAAAUGGACCCAUGGUCCGUUUUGAAAUCGUUUGACUUGUACGCAACUUACCUCAAUGAUUUAUCGGUUGCUUUUAACAAUAACGCUUAUGGUUGGCUUUUGUCGGGCGUCAUAAAGUCAACGAUUCGCUUAGUUUUGCCAUGGGCGCUCAAACUAGAUAGACAAAUGUUUUACAAGGAAGAAGGGGGCAAGUAUAGACUUGGGUAUAUGGCUGGUGUGCUCUUGAAAAUUUUCAACAACAUCAGAAUCAACGACUCCAGUACCUAUAAGAAAUCAAUUAUCUUAUACUUGGGAAACAAGCUAUGUUAUACCUAUUGGAAGCUCGACAAUCCGCUAUUGUGUCAAAACAUUUUCAGUAAUAUGAACAAUACGAGUUUGAAGUUGGAGGAGUUCCCGCAUGGUGAGAAAUUGAAAUAUCGAUACUUUCUAGCAAAAUAUUAUUUUGUCAAAUACGAGCUAGUUGAGUGUUUUAAGCACUUGGAAUGGUGUUUGGUAAAUACCUCAAGUAAAAAGAACCAAAAGUUAAUAAUAGAGUUGCUACUUCCAAUAGGUUUGAUCCUUGGCAAGAAACCGAAUUUCAAGACAUUACUGGUAGUGCAGGAUGAGGAGGUGCUAACAUUGUUGGAGCUUUAUGAGUCCAUGUUCUAUUCCGUGGCCUCGGGAGACUAUGAGAGUUUUAGGAAUAUAAUCAAUCAUAAAGAGCAGUACUUCAAAGAUAAAAAUCUACUACUUUUAUUGAACCGGAUGGAUGUAUUGGUGUUCAGGAAUUUGGUGAAAAAUGUUUGGAGGAUUAUGAAUCGACCUACAAGUUUGAGUCUUGAAAUUGUUCCUAUUCAUGGCAAGGAUACGCUAUUCAAGGAAAAUUUACUCGUGACUUUAAUUGACUCUAACUUGAUAAAGGGGAAGUUGACAACUGGGAAAGUUCUAGUAUUAAGUAAAAACGACCCUUUUCCAAAUGUUUUCAAUAUAUAUACCAAAAGGUUUGGCGCACAACAGCAGCAAGGAAAGGAUUGGAUGUGA